AUGGGCCCAUUUCUCUGGGCCGCGCUCGUGCUGGGCUGGUGCGUGUGGCGCAUCGUAGCAUCGCGACGCCCCUGCGCGCGCCCGGCCGGGCCGCUAUGCGUAGCGGCUGUACUCGGAUCAGGCGGGCACACGACCGAGAUGCUCUCGAUCUUGCGUGCGCUGCCUCGUGACAUGUAUACCCCGCGCAUCUAUGUCGUGUCGUCCGGUGACGCGCUGAGCCUGCCCAAGGCGCGCGAGGCCGAAGGCGGCGCACUCGCGCCGCAUCCCCUGCAGGGCCUCGUGAUCCCACGUGCCCGCGCCGUGCGGCAAAGCUGGCUCACGACGCCGUACACGGUGCUCACCAGUCUGGCGUACUGCCUGUGGCACAUGGGCAUCGCGCCGUGGUGUCGGUCGCGCACGCCCUGGGCGGAUGUCGUCGUGAUGAAUGGCCCGGCGACAUGUGUGCCUGUCGUGGCCACGAUAUGGGCGAUGCGCGUCCUGGGCGCGCCGACUCCGCGGAUGCUGUAUAUCGAAUCGUAUGCGCGUGUGAUCUCCUUAUCACUAUCGGCGCGGCUGCUACGGCAUGUGGUGGACCAAUUUGUCGUCCAGUGGCCGACGGCGGAUCCGUCCGCACCAUGCUGGGGCGCCUUAGUCUAG